AUGUCGGGCGACAACUACCAACGCGAUGUGUCGCAGUACAAGUACUCGGCAAUGUCCAACCUGGUCCUCCAGGCGGAUCGUCGCUUCGUUACGCGCCGGACCGACGAGGCCACUGGGGACCCAGAGUCUUUGGCAGGACGACUUUCAAUACAGGAGAUGGGCGGGCGCGUUGCUCGGGAUGCUGCGCCAAAACAAAAGAGAUCACACAUUCCGGCUGUGGAAAGGGGCCCAAUUCGGGAAGGUGACGAUAUUCUGCGGCAGCAAAAGAAGAAAGGCGCAGAUGUAUCGAGAGGAGGUGGCAUCCUGUCCGGUGCAGAGGCUCUGGUCGAAGGCCUUAAGUAUCGACCGCGGACUCAGGCGACACGAGCGACAUUCGACUUCAUAUUGACCAUUGUGGCCAAGAACCUUGGCGAUGUUCCUCAAGAGGUCGUGCGCAGUGCUGCCGACGCCGCGCUGGAGUAUCUCAAGGAUGAGGAUCUUAAAGACUUUGACAAGAAGAAGGAAAUUGAUGAUCUCCUCGGCACAUCUCUAAACCCCAAGGAAUUCAACGAGCUCGUCAACCUCGGCAAGAAAAUCACGGACUACGAUGCGGAGGAUGAGGAUGAAGAGAUGGACGGUGCUGAUGAUGACCAAGAGAUCGAUGAACGCCAGGGUGUUGCUGUCGCAUUCGAAGAGGAGGACGAAGACGGAGAGGGUAUCCUCAACGAAGUUCGAGACGAAUCAUCAGAAGAUGAAGACGACGAGGAUCGUCCUGGCCUUGACGAGGAAGCCACGGCGGGAGGUGCCGCGGAAGACAGGGAUGACGAUGAGGCUGGCCUGGCCGAUGGCGAUGCGAUGGUCAUCGACUCAGCUCCAGCAGGCAAAGCCCAGAAGAAGACUCAGGAGACGAACUACAUCCCAGCUUUCCAGAUAGAUGCGUUCUGGCUGCAACGGCAAAUAGGCCGCAUAUACCCAGAUGCGCACAUACAGCACGACAAGACGAUACAGGCUCUGCACAUCUUGUCGGGCGAGCCAGACGUGGAAGGGAGCGAAGAGAGGCAGCUUAGAGAGAUCGAAAACGAUCUCAUGGAACUUUUCGACUACGACCACCAUGAAAUUGUACAAGAGCUCAUUUCCAACAGGGAAAAGGUCGUAUGGCUCACCAGGAUCGCUCGAGCAGAGACUUCUGAAGCUCGUGAGACGCUCGAACGCGAAAUGGCCUCUGAAGGCUUGCAGUGGAUUCUUGAUGAGCUUCACGGCAAGACUGGCGAGGAGAAGAAGGGCAAGUUGGAGAUCAAAAUGGACCUCGAUCAACCCGAACACAAACAGGAGCCGAAGCCAGAGCGUCCCGAGGGCCAGCUCAUAGGCGGUCUUCAACCCAAGAAGCUCAUCACCUUGGAUAAUCUCGUGUUCGAUCAGGGAAACCACUUGAUGACGAAUCCCAAGGUGCGACUUCCGGAGGGUUCUACCAAGCGGGCCGGUAAGGGCUACGAAGAAAUACACGUCCCGCCGCCGAAAAAGCGCAGCGACCCAAGCGACAACCUGGUGCCCAUCUCUGAGAUCCCGGAAUGGGCGCGCGAACCUUUCAAAUCCGUCAAGUCUCUCAACAAGAUCCAAUCAAAAUGCUAUCCAUCGGCUUUUGAAGACGACGGAAACAUGCUUGUUUGUGCGCCCACUGGGUCCGGAAAGACAAAUGUUGCAUUCUUGGCAAUGCUGCGAGAGAUUGGCAAACAUCGGAAUCCAGAGACAGGAGAGAUUGAUUUGGACUCGUUCAAGAUCGUCAGCAUCGCGCCUCUGAAGGCUCUGGUCCAAGAGCAAGUCGGCAACUUCGGAACCCGGCUGGCUCCUUAUGGAAUCAAAGUUUCCGAGUUGACUGGGGACCGUCAACUUACGAAGCAACAAAUAGCCGAGACUCAAGUUAUCGUCACCACCCCCGAGAAAUGGGAUGUCAUAACUCGCAAAGCGACCGACACAUCUUACACUAAUCUGGUACGCUUGAUCUGCAUUGAUGAGAUUCACCUUCUUCACGAUGACCGUGGACCCGUCCUUGAAAGCAUUGUCGCCCGCACGAUUCGAAAGACUGAACAGACUGGAGAACCUGUGAGAAUUCUCGGUCUGUCAGCAACACUGCCAAACUACAAGGACGUCGCCAGCUUCCUUCGGGUCGAUCCGCAGAAGGGUUUGUUCCACUUUGAUGGAUCAUAUAGGCCUUGCCCCUUGCGCCAAGAGUUCAUCGGGGUGACAGAACGGAAGGCCAUCAAACAGUUGAAGGUCAUGAACGACGUCACCUACAACAAAGUCUUGGAGCAUGUGGGUAAGAACCGGAACCAAAUGCUCAUCUUCGUGCACUCUCGCAAAGAGACGGCAAAGACUGCCCGCUAUAUCCGUGACAAGGCACUAGAGAUGGAUACCAUCAACCAGAUACUCAAAAGCGAUGUUGGAAGCCGAGAAGUCCUCCAGGAACUGUCAGAUUCAGUAACUGACAAGGAUCUCAAAGACAUCUUACCCUACGGCUUCGGCAUUCACCACGCUGGUAUGAGCCGAGCUGACAGGAGUGAUGUAGAGGCGCUCUUCGGGGAUGGACACAUUCAAGUGCUUGUCUGCACAGCCACGCUUGCUUGGGGCGUCAAUUUGCCUGCGCAUACGGUCAUCAUCAAGGGGACGCAGGUCUACUCGCCAGAGAAGGGUAGCUGGGUGGAGCUUAGCCCGCAGGACGUCCUUCAGAUGCUAGGACGUGCCGGGCGACCUCAGUACGACACGUUCGGUGAGGGUAUCAUCAUCACCUCGCAGGGGGAGAUGCAGUAUUAUCUUUCCCUCAUGAACCAACAAUUGCCCAUUGAAAGUCAACUUGUCAGCCGUCUGGUCGACAAUUUGAAUGCGGAGAUUGUGCUUGGUAACGUGCGCUCUCGAGAUGAGGGUGUGGAUUGGCUUGGCUACACUUACCUGUUCGUGAGGAUGCUGAGAUCACCGGGUCUCUACAGUGUUGGUGUCGAAUACGAAGAUGACGAGGGUUUGGAACAAAAACGGGUUGAUCUCGUACAUUCUGCAGCCCACGUUCUCCGUAAGGCGAACCUCAUUAAAUACGACGAGAAGAGUGGACGGAUGCAGGCGACUGAGCUGGGACGAAUCGCUUCACAUUAUUAUAUCACGUACGGCUCCAUGGAGACUUACAACACGCACAUUCAGCCAUCUAUCACCAACAUUGAGCUUUUCCGAGUAUUUUCGCUCAGCUCUGAGUUCAAAUACAUACCCGUCCGCCAAGAAGAGAAGCUGGAACUGGCCAAAUUACUAGGACGGGUCCCAAUACCCGUCAAGGAGAGCAUCGAAGAGCCUCACUGCAAGAUCAAUGUCCUUCUGCAGGCAUACAUUUCUCGCCUCAAGCUUGAUGGCUUGGCUCUGAUGGCCGAUAUGGUGUACGUCACACAAUCUGCAGGACGUAUCCUCAGAGCUAUCUUCGAGAUCGCGCUGAAGAAAGGUUGGGCUUCUGUGGCGAAGACAGCAUUGAACCUAUGCAAGAUGGCAGAGAAGCGAAUGUGGCCCACAAUGACACCGCUGCGACAAUUCCCCAACUGCCCGAGGGACAUAGUGCAGAAGGCAGAGCGGACCGAGGUUCCCUGGAGCAGCUUUUUUGAUCUGGAUCCACCACGAAUGGGCGAGCUGUUGGGGAUGCCCAAAGCUGGCAAAAUUGUCGUUGGGCUUGUGAACAAGUUUCCAAGAGUCGAAGUGCAGGCGCAGAUCCAACCGCUCACAAGAUCCAUGCUUCGCGUUGAGCUCACGAUCUCGCCCAAUUUUGAAUGGGACGAGGAAGUACAUGGUCUUGCUGAGAGUUUCUGGAUCCUUGUCGAGGACUGCGAUGGCGAAGAGAUCCUUUUCCACGACACUUUCCUUCUCCGCAAAGAUUACGCCGAAUCGGAAUCGAACGAGCAUGUCGUCGAGUUCACAGUGCCAAUCACCGAGCCCAUGCCCCCUAAUUACUUCAUCUCCGUUGUCUCUGACAGAUGGAUGCAUUCCGAAACCCGUGUUGCAGUCUCAUUUCAGAAACUUAUUCUGCCUGAGAAGUUCCCACCUCACACCGAACUUCUCGAUUUGCAGCCUCUGCCACCAUCUGCUCUCAAGGUGAAGGAGUAUUCUGCUCUAUAUCCCCAAUGGACACACUUCAACAAAAUCCAGACCCAGACCUUCAACACUCUAUACGCCACAGAUAACAACGUCUUCGUAGGCGCACCGACAGGAAGCGGCAAGACUGUGUGUGCGGAGUUCGCACUUCUCCAUCACUGGUCCAAGCCUGAUGCGGGUCGCGCUGUGUACAUCGCUCCAUUUCAAGAGCUGGUAGACAUCCGGCUUCAAGAUUGGCAGAAGCGUCUGUCUGCGCUCAGAGGGGGCAAGGACAUCAUGAAGUUGACUGGCGAGACGGUAGCUGACAUCAAGAUCUUGGACGCCGCAGAUCUAGUUCUUGCGACUCCGACUCAAUGGGACGUUCUUUCUAGACAGUGGAAGAGGAGGAAGAACGUGCAGACUGUCGAGGUUUUCAUCGCGGAUGAGCUACAGCUCCUGGGUGGCUCCAUGGGCUACGUGUACGAAACCAUCGUCUCGAGGAUGCACUAUAUCCGGACUCAGACGGAAUUGCCAAUGAGGAUAGUCGGUCUUGGUGUAUCACUGGCUAACGCAAGAGACAUUGGAGAAUGGAUUGGGGCCAAGCAGCACGACACCUACAAUUUCAGCCCACACGUGCGGCCUGUGCCGCUGGAGCUUCACAUCCAGAGCUACACAAUCCCUCACUUCCCUUCACUAAUGCUGGCAAUGGCACGUCCGACCUACCUUGCCAUCACUCAAAUGUCCCCGGACAAGCCCGCACUAGUGUUCGUUCCGAGCAGGAAGCAAACGCGCGCGACCACUCGUGACAUUCUCACUGCUUGUUUGGCCGAAGAUGACGAGGACAGAUUCCUCCAUGUCGAUGUGGAGCAGAUCAAGCCCCUCUUGGAGCGUGUCAGUGAAGAAGCACUAGCCGAGGCACUGUCCCACGGUGUAGGCUACUAUCACGAGGCUCUCAGCACCGACGAUAAACGGAUUGUCAAAUACCUUUACGAUAACGGCGCCAUUCAAGUCCUGGUCGCAUCUCGCGAUGUCUGCUGGGAGCUCGAUUGCACCGCACAUCUUGUCAUCGUGAUGGGCACACAAUACUUCGAGGGUCGUGAGCACCGCUACGUGGACUAUCCUGUGGCCGAGGUGCUGCAAAUGUUCGGCAAAGCUCUGAAACCGUCAAAGGAUGGUCGCGGCCGCGGCGUGCUCAUGCUGCCCGGUGUCAAGAGGGAAUUCUACAAGAAGUUCCUUAACGAGGCUCUUCCGGUCGAGUCCCAUCUACAUUCGUACCUGCACGACGCUUUUGUCACCGAAAUUAGCACUCGGAUGAUAGAGUCUGGGGACGACGCAAUCGCCUGGAUGACCUUCACUUACUUCUACCGCCGUCUUCUGGCGAACCCCAGCUUCUACAGCUUGACGAACACUACAGAAGAUGGGCUUAGUCAGUAUCUGUCCGACCUUGUCGAAACGACACUCAGGGAACUCGACGAGUCCAAGAUCAUUGAAUUUGAUGAGGAAGAUGGCUCGGUGACGCCUCAGAAUGCUGCCAUGAUUGGUGCUUAUUAUAACAUUUCCUAUAUCACCAUGCAAACGUUCUUGCUCUCCCUGAGCGCCCGCACGAAGCUUAAGGGCAUCCUCGAAAUUGUCACCUCAGCCACCGAGUUUGAGGCAAUACAAAUUAGGAGACACGAAGACGGUCUACUUCGUCGCAUCUAUGAUCGUGUGCCUGUCAAGAUGGCACAGCCGGACUUCGACUCGCCUCAUUUCAGGGCGUUUGUUCUGCUGCAGGCUCACUUCUCCAGGAUGCAGCUUCCGAUUGAUCUGGUUAAGGAUCAAGAAACAAUCAUCUCCAAGAUUGUAAGCCUUCUCAGCGCGACGGUUGACAUACUUUCAUCAGAUGGACACCUGAACGCCAUGAAUGCCAUGGAGAUGUCCCAAAUGGUUGUCCAGGCGAUGUGGGACCGCGACAGCCCAUUGAAGCAGAUACCCCACUUCACACCGGAAGUCGUCAAGGCGGCAAAUAGUUUUGGAGUCAAGGAUGUCUUCGACUUCAUGGAAGCCAUGAACCCAGAAGAGAACCCGCAAUAUGGCGAAUUGGUUAAGGCUAUGGGUCUUUCGCAGAAGCAGCUGGAAGAUGCGGCCAAGUUUACCAACCAAAAGUACCCUGACGUCUCGCUCGAGUUUGAGGUCGAAGACCCAGAGAACCUCCGCGCUGGCGAGGCAUCGUACCUCAACAUCCAAAUCGAGCGUGAGGUUGAGGAGGGCGACGAAGUCGACACUGUGGUCCACGCACCGUUCUACCCAGGGAAGAAGCUGGAGAACUGGUGGCUUGUGGUCGGCGACGAGAGCACCAAGACGCUCCUCGCGAUCAAGCGCGUAACUGUUGGCCUCAAGUUGAAUGUCAAGCUAGAGUUUACAGUACCAACUCCCGGCAAGCAUGAACUCAAGCUCUUCUUGAUGAGCGACAGCUACAUUGGAGUCGAUCAGGAGCCCAGCUUCGAGGUGACGGUUGGGGAAAGCAUGGAGGUUGAUGAGGAUGACGAGGACGAGGACGAGGACGACGAGUAG